AUGGAUAGGAGAAGUUUGUACGGUCUUCUGUUCAUUUUUUAUAUCAUUUCAAGCCAAGAAAUAAUUUCUUAUCAUUCAGAAUCUCUUCUUAAAAACGCAUCGCGGAAUUUAUUGUGGAACAAAAAAAUUACGCCAAUUAUAAAAGAACAUAAUGAUUUUGCUUAUCACUAUGAAAGUGACAUACAUUUUGGUAAUCGAAUGAAAAAUGUUAAAUCUAAAAGAGCCGUCGAUCCAGUGUUUCACGGACACCCGAAGACCAGAGAGGAGUUAUGGUAUGAGCGCUUCUUAAAUAGGAGCAGUGUCUUUGAUCAAACUCCGUCGUUAAUAAAACUGAUACAGAACAUAACUCUGACCUACCUCAAUGGAUGUACGCCGGUUAUACUCUACGAUAGUCAAAUUAAACUGAAGGAAAGUUAUUUGUUUCAAAAUUUACUUAGAAACUUUCCGGUAUCGUUUGUCCAUGGGUACAUCAAUGAACACAGUCAAUUACAAGAACCGAAACUACUGCAGCCUGUUCAGGAGUGUUUGCAUUUCAUAAUUUUUCUCUCUGAUGUAAAAGUCAGCGCAAAAGUUUUAGGCAAACAGUCGGAGAGCAAAGUUGUUGUAGUCGCUAGAUCUUCGCAGUGGGCGGUACAUGAAUUCUUAUCUAGUUCAUUUUCAAGAGGAUUUAUCAAUUUAGUAGUCAUCGGACAGAGUUUCAAAGAAGACGAUGAUUCAACUAUAGAAUCACCGUAUAUAUUAUACACUCAUAAAUUAUACACGGAUGGAUUGGGUGCAAGUAAGCCCGUCGUUCUCAAUUCUUGGUCUCAUGGAAAGUUUUCGAGGAAUGUAAAUUUGUUUCCACCAAAAAUGACAGGGGGGUAUGCGGGACAUAGAUUCGUCGUAGCUGCAGCCAAUCAACCACCUUUCGUUUUUAGAAGAAUAAAAUCUGAUCUCGAUGGUGGAAAUCCAAGAGUGGUUUGGGAUGGAAUUGAAAUAAGGUUGUUACAUUUACUAGCCGAGAAAAACAAUUUUUCUAUAGAAAUUGUAGAGCCUCAAGAACUUCAUUUAGGGUCAGGUGAUGCUGUUGCCAAAGAAAUAGCCAAAGGUCGGGCAGACAUUGGCGUAGCUGGAAUGUAUCUCACUAUAGAUAGAACCAGAGAAAUGGAUGUCACAUUUGCGCAUUCUCAAGAUUGUGCUGUUUUUAUUACACUUAUGUCCACAGCUUUGCCACGGUAUCGGGCGAUUCUUGGUCCUUUCCAUUGGCAUGUCUGGGUUGCUUUAACAUUAACAUACCUGUUUGGUAUGUUUCCUUUGGCUUUUUCUGAUAAGCAUACCCUGAGACAUCUGAUUAAUAAUAGUGGCGAAAUAGAAAACAUGUUUUGGUAUGUCUUUGGUACCUUUACAAAUUGCUUUACGUUCCUCGGCAGAAAUUCAUGGAGUAAGACCGACAAGAUCACUACUAGAUUACUCAUUGGAUGGUACUGGAUUUUUACAAUAAUUAUUACAAGUUGUUACACUGGCUCCAUUAUAGCAUUUGUGACGUUACCAAUGUUCCCGGAAACUGUUGAUAGUAUUCACCAAUUACUAGCUGGUUUUUACAGAGUUGGAACUUUAGAUCGGGGUGGCUGGGAAAGAUGGUUCCUCAACUCAUCAGAUCCUAAUACAAAUAAGCUCCUAAAGAAAUUGGAGUUAGUACCCAAUGUCGAGGCUGGAAUCAUGAACACGACCAAAGCAUUCUUUUGGCCGUACGCCUUUUUGGGAUCAAAAGCUGAACUUGAAUAUAUUGUGCAAUCUAAUUUUACGAAAACAACAUCAAAAAGAGCCGUCCUUCACAUUUCUAAUGAAUGCUUUGUACCAUUUGGAGUUACUAUUGGAUUUCCAAAUAAUUCCUUGUAUACAGCCAAACUGAAUAAUGACCUAAGAAGGAUGGUACAAAGUGGCAUAGUAGAUAAAAUAGUAGACGAAGUCCGUUGGGAAAUGCAAAGAAGCAGUACUGGGAAAUUACUUUCAGCAGUUGGAGGUUCUUUGAAAGUAUCUGCAGCUGAAGAGAAAGGAUUGACCUUAGAAGACACUCAAGGCAUGUUCUUACUAUUAGCAGCAGGCUUCCUCAUAGCAGCAACGGCACUUAUAUCCGAAUGGAUUGGCGGAUUCUCUAAGCUAUGUAGAUUCAGAAAGAAGAAAAACACGCUUGUAAAUUCUAGUACCAAAGAAGAUUCAAUAAAUAUGCCACCAACUGAGAGCAAAGAUUUUAAAACAGAGACAGAAAGUGUUCUCCAUUUUUGUUCAAGAUCUACUAGCCCUGGUUCUAAUGAAUCCUUAGACGGACAAAUUAUAAAUGUAACAGAAGAAAGUAUAGAAAUUCAUAAGCAAUUUACCUCUGAAUGGGAUUCUAGAAGAUCUAGUUCAGUCGAUUUGGAGAAAGAAGUGAAGGAAAUAUUCGAAAGAGAUCUGAGGAGACGUGGUGCUGCUUUAAAUAAUUGUCAGGAUGUUGUUCUUGAAACUCGGCAAAGUACUGCGUCGAAUAAUGCUUUUGGGGAUGCUGUUAAAUAAAUUGCAGAGGCUUAUU